AUGCCUUUCUGCUGCAUUCCUCCAUUCCGUGUCGCCAGACGAGAAGAAGCCUUGUUCGGUCCGAAUGGCUCGUCUCCGACCAUUCAGCUGAGUGUGUUCGACAUGACUGAGGACGGCUACCCUUGGACCUUGCAUCCCCACGGAUCCAUCGAGGAGCUGAUCACCGGGCUCCGGAAGGAUUUCGAGGAGGUGGCCACGACAGAAGGAUUCCGCAUUCGUUUCCGGAAGACCAUCACGCUUCCCACUGGGCAGACCGGACCAUUUCAGACCCAAGCACAAAUCAGACUUGGCCAGUCAUCAGAGCUCAACGGCAGAAGCGGUCUGAUCCAUCCCGGCGUCUGUCCCUCUGGCGAAGCAGAAUGCAACCUCGACAACACCUGCCAAGCCAUGUUCCUGCCCCUGCUGGUCUUCGGGGAUGCCAGCAUCUCUGAGGAUGUCUCCGCUGCAGCAGAAGGCGGUGGUUGGCGGCUGGGGAGCUUUGUGCCAGACUCCAUUUCCUGGCAUACUCAGGCUGAAGACGAUGUUCCGACAGCGUCACGAAGUCAUGGGACAUGCCCAGGGCUCACCGCCUUGGUGUCGCGAGAUACAUGGGGCCGCGGACACUAUCACUGCAAGAGCCGUCCGGACGCGCAAUUGAGCAUCGGGACCGCCAAGUUCCGAGUCACCUCGGCUGCUGAGGAUACUCUGAACGUGGCUGUGGAAGUCUCAAUCAGCGUGGGAUUCGACUUUGACCUUCUUGAGGACGCGAAAGCCCUAGCAGUGCCGGACGAGCCUCAGAGAAGGAUGCCCGUGAUGGGUGGACUUCGCCGAUCCUUAGAUGCCAUCAGCCCUGACCUGACUGCGACGUCUUCGUUGAAUAAUCACGUCUCAGCAGAUUUCGGCCAUGCCAAGCCCAUCGCUGUCCUUGCGAACAGCCUUGACAGCCACCUAGACUAG